AUGGGCAUCCCUGAGCGCAAAACCCCCGCCUCGGUGGCGGACUACAUCCUCUCCGUCCUAGCCGCGUCCGAGCAGACGCCGUAUCUCGGCGAAGCCAUUUCCCAGCUCCAGCACUCUCUGCAGGCCGCCGCCCAAGCCGCCUCGGCGACGCCGCCCGUCGACGAACUCACCCACGUCGCCGCGCUGCUCCACGACAUUGGCCAGUUCGCGCCGGCCGCCGACCUGCGCGCCCUGACCGGCGGCGAGGCCAGGCGCCUCGGAGGCCAAGCGGCGCCGCACUCGGUCGGUCGCGCGGGCCACGAGACGCUCGGCGGCGCCAUGCUCCGCGCGCUGGGCUUUCCGCAAAAGGUCGCCCGCCUGGUCGAGUCGCAUGUGGCGGCGAAGCGCUAUCUCUGCGCCGUGGAUGCCUCGUAUGCUGAAAGGCUGUCGGACGCGAGCAAGAGGAGCCUCGCGUACCAGGGCGGGCCGAUGAGCGGCGCGGAAAAGGACGAGUUUGGGUCCGGCGAGUGGUGUCGGGACAUGUGCCAGUUGCGGAGAUGGGAUGAUGCGGCCAAGGAGAAGGAUCUUAAGGUUAGAGACUUGGAAUCUUGGCGUACGGUUAUUGAGCGUGUCUUGAGUCAGAACAUGAAGGCGACCACGGAAUGA